ACAAGCAUUGAGGCAUGUUGUUGAUGGUUUGAAAGAUUCCCGCUUUAGUGGAUUUGGUGAUAAUAUCAAUAGAUUUUCCGAUUUAACUACGGAUUCAAAGCUUCAUAAAAUUUUUUCAAAUUGGUAUGCCAUAGAAAAUCUACCAUUAUAUCUACAGGAUGAAGCAAAUGAAAAUAGUUAUACUGAUGCCAUUUGUCUUGAUAAGAAUUUCAUUAACAUUGCACUUAAAGAGCAAUGGAGUACAAAAAAAUUAAUGAGUAUAGGCCUAUCCAAUACACUGAGUGGAAAUCAUUCACUUUUUCAAGAUCUUUUUGAAUCAUAUAAAAGGCAUCUUGGAUUAAGAAGUGCUCUAUUACACAAGAAACUUAAGUUUUAUAAUUAUAUUACAUAUACUAUUCUUAAUUCCAAAGAUUCCAUUAGAUUAAAACUUCAUAUUGGCGACAUUGUAGAAUUAGCAGAAAAUUCUGAAGGCAUCAUUUAUGCUAGGAUUAGAGCAAUAUUUAUGCAUCAAGCAAACGAUGGUCUGAAUUACGCUUUUUUCCAGUUUGAAAAAUUUCAGGAAUUGAAUCUUUUAGAUCCAGUAUUAGAAUGUCCAUUUUAUAAG